AUGGAAGCCCAAGAAAUUCGUAGUUCGGAAACUCGCCUCGACGUUGCUGUUCUCCCGGAUGUUCCCUUUCUUCGGGUACUAAAUUACUUGUCAGGAUUACAAAUUGAAAAAUGUCGGGGAAUUUCGCGUCUCUUUCAACAACGUAUUGAUGUGAAUCGGAAAUCGCUGCCCACCGUACAAGUUUAUUCUCUGACGAUUGACCAGAAGAAGGUCAACCCUGAACCUCUUACUAAUAAUCAUAACGAGGUUGAACCAACUAUCUUCAUCGCGAUUGAAAAAGAUUGGAGCCGUAUGAAGUAUGGAGCUGCUCCAUUGAGGCAGGCACUCGAAAGAUUCAAUCACAUGUUUCCAGGAAUGUCCAUUAAAACUCUCCAUUUGAAGCUUGAGUAUUUCGACGUCGCCACGUUUCAUCAAUUGCUGAAGAAGUUGGAGGAAUGCAAACUUGAACCAGAGAACUUCAAAUUGGCGAUUCUUGGUGAAACUACCCUGUUGACGUCGUCGUUCUGGCAAGACAAAUGCAUUCGAGAUCGUCGGGGGCUGGCGAUUAGUGCGAGAAAUUUGUCCUUUGAUGACCAGGUGCUGUUGAAUUUUGCCUCUCCGAAUUUCAUGCUGAGCUAUGUGACUGCUUGUACAUUUGCCGGAAUCGCCUCAUUUCUUAACGAAUGGGGAGCUGGAAUCCGAGAAGUGACAAAGAUACGACUGCGGGUUCGAUCUGACCUGAACAUCAGAGAGUUCUUUGCCAUGUUGUCUUGGAAUGUCAAGUUUGAAACGAAGUUGUUAGGAAUUCUCUCGGAAAGAAGCUCCACCUAUGGAUCGAACAAGAGGAGGCUAUGGAAUUUUGUUUUGAGAUGCUGGAGGACUACGACAACGACUACCUCGAUUAUUCAGACGAUUUUGCGAAGCUUUCAGAAGAUUCUAAAAUAUAAUGAUGCCCCAAAUGAUGAAAACGUGGAACUUCUCUGCAAUGACCUGAAGCUGGGAUUGUAUGAAAACUUUUAUCGCAACUUCAUUUCUCCAUUAUCCCGACCACGACCAGAAAUUCUUGCAACGGCAGCGGUCAAUGGUGGGGCGAUCUCUCAAGUGCAAAAGGUAGUUGAUCAGUAUUUAAAUUUCAUUUCCUUGGAAGACGAUCUCUUUGUAUUGAAAAGAUACUCUGAAGCAAGUCCCAUGUCCUAUUAUGCAAUCAAUGAUCCUUCAACAUCCGACGCUCAAAUGGAAUCUAUGAUUGAAUCCAUCGCGGAUGGUCUCUUUUCGAUGUGUGCUACUCUUGGUUUGGUGCCAGUGAUUCGUGCUUCCAAAGACAAUGCUGCGGAACAAAUUGCAAUUAGGCUUGAUCAAAAACUCCGAGACAACUUACGGGAUGCACGCAAUAAUCUCUUCGCCUUUGAAAGUGUUCGAGCUGGGCAACUUAGUAGCUCUCGUCCUGUACUUAUCAUUGCGGAUAGAUCUGCGGAUUUGGCAACAAUGCUUCAUCACACUUGGACAGAUCAAGCUUUGGUUCAUGAUGUACUUGGGCUUGAUCAGAAUCGAGUCAGCAUGCCGGACAAGGGCAAGAAGGUGGACUACGAUUUGCAUUGUGGACACGAUCGUCUUUGGACGCAGCAUAAGGGAAAUGCCUUUUCCCUGGUCGCUGAAGCCAUUCAAGGAGAUUUGGUAACCUUCAAUAGUUGCAAGCUGUGUUUCCUGCUCAUCACGGUAGAUGGGUAUUCGACUGUUGAAAAAGCAGAAAAAAAUGGUCCUCCACAAGCAAAACCACCGCUAACGACGGACUCACGAUUCAACUCGUUGAACAAGCGCUCGAUUUUAACUGAUUCACCAAUCGGUGUCGUCCUGCUCAACAAAUGCAUUCAACGAGCACAACAACAUCAAACACCCCAUCACCGUACUCAUCUUCAACAACAGGAAUCCCCACAUCAUCUACAACAACACCAAAUGAGGGAUCAUCAAAUCGAACGGUGCCACGAGAAAUGGAGACCCAGGAAAUGCGGACAAGUUAUGUGGAGGGGCCACAUCACCGGAAGAAACCCUCCCGCAUUUUUGCAAAAAGCCGAAAUCAGUGAAGAGGAAAGCUUGGGUGCAAAAGGUGCCUAUCGAUUCACGCAUUGGCCCGAGCGAGUGAUGCGACAAGUCUUUUGGUAUUUCGGCAAAGCGCUCGCCAAUCAUAACACGAUUUUUGCGGUGUUCCCUUUGAUUUUAGUAGCGCUGAGCUUAGUGGCGCCGAUUGUUUACUGGGAUAAGCUUUAUGUUGGAUUACCCUUUAGCACACUCAUCCAAGAUAAAGAUGAAAGCCCUGAUGACAUGCCAGCUGGACAAACUCCGCACACGAUCACCAUCUUUGCUCACUGUAAAUUGGUUGAAUCUGUGCAACCGGGAGAUCGUGUGACGGUGACCGGCAUCUAUCGAGCUCAAGGAUCAAAGAUGAACCCUCGUCAACGUGUGCUCAACUCUGUCUACCGCACCAACAUCGAUGCUUUGCACUUCAGGAAAACCGAGAUCUCGCGUUUACAUCAAAAUAAUGGAGAAAAUCUCACUGAUGAGCGCAUUGCACAAAUCAAAGCGCUGAGUAAACGGGAGGAUAUCAUGGAAAUUCUCGCGAAUGCCAUAGCACCUUCGAUCUAUGAGCAUAUGGAUGUGAAGAAAGGAAUUAUUUGUCUUCUCUUUAGCAGAACGAGAAAAGAGGAUGAGCGCACACAGAAGACAAAGUUGCGCAGUGAAAUCAACAUUCUGCUUUGUGGAGACCCUGGAACGGCCAAGUCACAACUGCUGCAGUACGUCUUCCAUUUGUUGCCUCGUUCGCAAUACACCUCUGGAAAGGGAUCAUUGGCUGUCGGUUUAACGGCCAGUGUUGCAAGAGAUGCUGAUACAAAACAAUUGGUUCUUCAAACGGGAGCUCUUGUAUCCGUGCUUCAUGAGGUUAUGGAACAGCAAACUCUAUCGAUUGCCAAAGCGGGUAUCAUUUGCCAAUUGCACGCGAGAACGUCGAUCCUUGCUGCUGCAAAUCCGGUCGACUCAAAGUGGAAUCGUGACAAGACAAUCGUCGACAACAUUCAGUUGCCUCAUACAUUGCUCUCGAGAUUCGAUUUAAUUUUCUUGAUGGUCGGAUCCACAAGA